AUGACUGCAAAAUAUCAAGAUCUCUAUUUAAGGUUAUUAAGUCAAACCAAGCACCAUGGGUCCGGGAGGCAUUGGACCGAUGAAGAAAGUGCUCUAUUGGAAAAACAUCGGGAGGAGUACAGAGACGCCAACGACGCUGCUCGUGCUGAGAUAUUUUCUCGAGUUUUGCAAGACAUGCUCGACAUACUCCCCAAUGGAAAAUCGUUCAAGAAGGAAGAAAGAUCAGCUGUUAAAAAAGAUAUUAAAGAGUGGUUUGCCCGGUACAGUCGUAAGAGAAGUCAGAAAAUGCCGAGGAUGGGAAAGUCGUGGCACGCCCGGCGUGUGUUCCAGCAUGAGAACAAGGACACCAUCGAUACCGAAGCGAAAAGGCUUUGUGCCGAAGCCAUUGAAGAGGGACAAAAGAGGCCUAAAGGGGGAGAUCCCACUCAUUUUGAUUUUCGGGAGUGGGUCGUGACUCAAAUGAUGGGAAAACUGAAGAAAAGGGAGAAAGACGUACUGCAGAGGACGGCCGAGGAGUACAACAAGAAGGGAGUUGACCCGGAACUCAAGUCCAAACUGGCUGUAAAGAACUGCACAGCUCGGAUGCAUGCAUUUUCCAAGGAACUUUAUGACACAAUGGGUGUCCGGGUCUUUAUCUUAGGAUGUUAUCUGAAGCCCGAUGGUAAUUUGGACGUCUCGACGUAUGACUUCAAUCAAGAACUCGGGAAUGGGAAAGACUUUAUUGAUAACCAUAGCCGGACUUUCCAUGAGGAAGGAAUAUCGGUAUCUUCUUGGAGAGCACACAAUGAAGAAUACUAUGGGUUGGAGGAUCUUGCUUCGGCCGAAGGAGGACACCGAUCCCGGGGUGCUAUGACUUUGGAGAAGAACCUAUACCUUGAACCUAUUCUACCCGAUCCAUCGAAACCACCACUUAAAACUUCCCGUGAUAUUCGAAUUUGGCGGCUGAAUGUUCUUCGUACAUUUGUCAACCAGCACUAUAAGAAGGGUUACAAACUUGGCCCGAGGAGUGCCCGACCAGGCAAAGUCAAAUGCCGAGCUGCCUCGGCUGUUAUCCAAGCCACUGUCAAACCAGCUCAAGCAACCAAUCUGAGGUCGGACACAACCAAAGCUUCGAAUAGCUUUGAUUUCACUAAGUCAAGUGGUGUCAACGCAAAACGACCAGUCCCUUCAAAACAAAAGGAGUCAGAGGCCGGUCCCAGUCAGCAACCAUCUAUUGAUGUCCCCACCAAGCCAAAACCAAAACCUUGUCCUAUCAUGAAAGGCAAGGUUUCUACAGGGGAACUCGGUAUAGUAACCCGAGAACGGUCGAAAAAGAUUGCUGAAGAAAGUGUUCGUUCCACCCGGUCCAAGAAAGUUUCAUUCGUCAGUUAA